UUCCGUGUUCGUCAUGGCUAGCCGCACACACUUCACGAAAUAAUUAUUCCCAAAAUAUUACAGAACCUACCGAAACUGAACGCAGAUCGUCAUAUUACCGCUUCCUGGAGUAAAACAUCUUACAUUAAAUCACCGAGUACGGGUAAACUCGUCUCGGUGCACGUUGUGAAAGCUUCUUGACCUAACCUACCCUUUGCCGACCGCUCACAAAGAGACACGUUUGAUAGCAAUAGAUCCUGUGCUAAAAACAAAUCCGGUGUGUGUAAAUCGUUGAAAAUGUGUGCAAAAACCGUAAAAGAAGAGGAACUUUCUUGGGCAAAAGAAAACGAGCCCCAACGUCAACUACUGGACGGCUUUUUCAACAAGCCUCAAAAUGUGUUAUACAGCGCAGAUGUCAGUGAAGAAUAUCUUCAUCCUGACCAGCAGGAGCCCGAGCGCCUUAACUGUAAAGAGGAAGAGGAGCCAGAGCACCUCCACAUUAAAGAGGAAGAGUUGGAGACUGAUAUCACCAAUCCGCCGUUGGCUGCUGUUGUCCUGAAAGGUGAAGAUGAAGAAGACAAUUAUCAAAGUGUUGAGAAGAGAGGGGCUGAGCCUCCGAGCUGUAGCUCAAAUCAACAUAUGACAACGGAAGGCGAGAGAGACAUCUGUGGAGCAUCACAAUCAGGGAGCCUCUUAGCUCCACUUUCAGAUAGUGAUGACAUAUCAUCACAUUCUCCCAACACUGAGGAUGAUGAUGAUGAUGAUGGACACUCUAAAAGUGAUAUGACAGGUCACACUGACAACAAACACAGAGAAUGUUCUCAGUGUGACAAAACUUUUUUCAACAGGUCGUCAUUGAAAAGACACAUGAGAACACACACUGGGGAAAAACCUUUCUCCUGCUCAGUGUGUGGCCUUAUAGUAAAUCAAAAGUGUAGUUUAACAACUCACAUGAGAACGCACACUGGAGAGAAACCCUUUGCCUGCUCAUUUUGUGGUCAAAAAUUCUCUGAAAAGGGAAAUUUGAUAAAACACACCAGAACACACACUGGAGAAAAACCUUUUACCUGUUCAAUUUGCAGUAAAAGCUUUACUGAAAAGGCCAGUUUAAUAAGCCACACAAGAACACACACUGGAGAGAAACCUUUUUCCUGCUCAUUUUGUGGUCAAAGAUUCUCCGAAAAGGGAAAUUUAAGAACACACACAAGAACGCACACUGGUGAGACCCCAUUUGCUUGCUCAGUUUGUGGGCAACGAUUUGCUUGGAAGGGACUUCUGAAUGCACACAUAAGAACACACACUGGGGAGAAACCUUACGGGUGCUCAGUGUGUGGUCAAAAAUUCUCUGCAAAGGGAAACUUAAGGAUACACGCAAGAACACACACAGGUGAGAAACCUUUUGCCUGCACAGUUUGUGACCAAAAAUUCUCAGUGAAGGCGACUUUAAGAACACACAUAAGGACACACACAGGUGAGAAACCUUUUACCUGCACAGUGUGUGGCAAGAGCUUCUCUGUCAAGGGAAGUUUAAUAAGCCACACAAGAACACAUACUGGGGAGAAACCUUUUGCCUGUUCAACUUGUGGUAAAAUUUUCACGCAGAAGGUACAUUUAACAAGACAUGUAAGGACACACACAGGAGAGAAAUCAGGUAGUGUUUCCGCCUGCAAUUUAAGUUCGGGAGUGAAAGAUCUUCGUCCUGAGCAGCCGGAGUCGACCCCCAACAUUAAAAAUGAAGACAUGUGCCCAGAGGCCUCCCUCAUUAAAGAGGAAGAAGAGGAUGAGGAUAUCACUAAAUUUCCAUUGACUGUUGUCACAGUGAAGAGUGAAGACAGUUGAUGAGAAAGUGAGGAGAACAGAGGAGCAGAGCCUCCAAAUACCAGCUCACGUCAAUACACGACAACAGAAGGAGAUGCGGACCAUCAUGGGGAAGUCAAAAGCGGGCAACCUCUUCGCUCCGCUAUCAUGAAGUGAUGAAACGAUGUCACGCACCACUCACACUGAUAAUUAUAAAGAAUCAAAAGGACAUUAGAUAUUCCAUUGAUACCAAACCCUGUUCUCUUUGAAAGCACUGAAAAAAAAACAUUUCCUUUGCAGGCGUUCCAGUCAUUUGUUUUGAUAUGCAGUAUACGCCAAUGUAUUUUUUAAAUGUCAUUUGAAUGUAUUUGAUUUGUUUUUUUAUUGUUUUAAUUUGUAUUUAAUGUCGGUCGAAUGUUGCAACUUUGUGAUUUAUACAAUGGUGCCUUGACGUUCAUCACCCCUCACAAACAACAAAACAAUUGACUUGCUUUCAAUUAAAGCAAAAAUUGCUGUGUUAUAAAACAUUAGAAUGAGAAAAUAACCAAACAUCAUUGAAGGCAAUUUUGAAGAAAUUUAAAAGGGUUUGUAACUAAGCCGAAAGCCUCACCAACACAGACUUUGUAUUUGUUGAUGGCUAACAGGAACUCGAGUCAAUUGGAUUGGCCCUUCACCACGUGGUUAAUUCAGCGUCAAUGUCUGCCUUACGCUGCUUCUGAAUGUUCCUUCUAUAGUUUGUGUGUUUGACUGUCCUAUUCAAUAAACAGCUCAAAAGUG